UCACGAUAGGCGGUAUGACCAGCGGUCACUUGCCGACUGCUUGCGUACAGCGAGUGUCGCGUGUGCUCCAACACUACAAUGAAGAACUAAAAUAAUAAUUUGUUUUUCACACAAAGGUUUAGUUUUCGAACGCCGCCGUCAACAGAGGAUAAAUAGUUGUCUAAUCGCUCGUCGCAAGCGCAUGUAAAAUGGGGAAGUUAAAUAAAGGCGUGCGCGCACGCCUCACAGAGGAGAUCUACACAUAUUGCGCUUUCUGUAUCGCCAUGUCCACGCUGCCUGCAUUAGCGAUAUCUUACGUCGUGGUCCGGAUCAGCAAGCAUCUAUGGUUGAAGCUCCUGUCCAGUAGAUAUCCUGGACUGGAGUUCAUACGCACUGACACCGUGCGCUCCCUGCUCGACACGCAUCGCAACCAAGGCAUCAUCAACGUACUACUCUCUAUUAACGGUCCUCUAAAUACGGAGCAGAUAAAGGACCACCUCAUACAGCACGUGAUAGAGAGGCGCGACAAAUCCGGCGAUCUGAUGUUCCCUCGGUUGAGGCAGCAGUUGGUGUCCUGCUGGGGCAACUACGCCUGGGACGCAAGUACUACCUUCCGACCGGAGAACCACGUCAUCAUCGCCAGCGGCGUUUACCGCGGGAGGCCCGUCACUGACAAUAAUAUCCAGGACUACGUCAGCGAGAUCGUGUCCAAGUACUUCCCGAGCGACCAGCCUCCCUGGCAGUACAUUGUCAUCCCCGUCGUUUCCAUAGAACCUAAAUACUACAUUCUAGUCCGUGUUCAUCACCUGCUGCUCACCGGAGAAAAAUCCAUCAACAUCGGGGACCUACUGAUGGUAGAACAGCAUUCUCCAAACGAGAAUAUAUCGCAAGCUGAAUAUACUCAGAGUAACCAAAGUCCUCUUGCGAAACUCUUUCCAACGCCGUCAGCUAUUCCAGAGUUAUGGUGCAAAUUGAACGAGAAUCUAUCAAAUGCUUGGAACGAGUUCAUUUCUGAAUACGAUCCCGUGGAGAGUCCUAGGGCCCUUAAAACUCUGCCUGGGGCCUUCCAUGUUGCCGGGUUGGUGCUUAUUUCUAGCGCAAGCGCGCUUAGAGAGCUCACUAAGAAGCGAUCCAAUGAAUCAAGAAAUGAUGUCCCCGUGACGGCUGCUACUCUCCUGUCUGCUAUUCGAAGGGAGUGCCAAAGAAGGAACCUUACAGUACUGAAGGUCCUAAUAUCACCCCUCGUCACAGCAGACCCAAGAAAAUGGCCCCGAAGAGCGAUCGGAACGGCAAUCACGACAACCAAAACAGCAAUAAAGUUGCCUCUACAACUACACAACGAAAUAAAGGCUCUGAGAGAAUUGAAGAAUACAGGCCAAGUGGUACACCCAAACACUUUGAUGUGGAAGUAUGGUGAAUUACUCCAGUUAUGGGUGCGAGCGAUGCUAGAAGCGUGGCGAGGUGUAGUCGCGACGUACAGAGCGCCGGCCAAGUUGUGGUCAGACACGGUCGCAGCGGACGAUGGACACAGGCACUUGCUGCAAACCGUCAAUUUAUGUGGGCGAAAGGUAGCAGCGUGGUCCCGCCCCGUGUCACGUGCGAGCAUCGAACGCGCAGCGCGAGCGCUCGGCGUCUCCUCAACAGACGUGGCUCUGUACGCCGCCACGGAAGCUCUACGAUCUUUCUUCGAGCACACGCAGUCAGGGGCCCCAGAGGUUAUACUAACUACCGCUAGAGCUGCCACAGAAGACUUCCUCUUCACUUUCGCAGAAGGACAAGGAAAGAAAUACAAGAAAUCGAUGACUGGAGGCAUGGUGUGCCUCUCGUUGCCAGUCGGUGCGACACCUCGCCGCAUCUCUUCAGUAGUAGAGCAAGCUUGCAGCAGACAGAGCGCGUUGGUCACAGUCUGGGCGGCGCAGGCGCGUUGCGGCGCCCUGACAAGAGCAGUGCCGUCCCCCUUCGCGAGACUGACAUUGAAUCUAUUAUCUAGAAGAUACGCCGUCUCGUAUGCUGAGAUAAACGCGCCGAUUAAUGCGCGAGAAAGAACCACGCUAUGGGGACAAACAGUUGAUUUCGUCGUUUAUUGGAGACCUCCACAAGCGAAUAUAAGUAUGUCUCUCACAGUGAUACAAUACGCGGAUACAGUUCGUUUGGCCGUCAUGACGGACUCCCGGCUCUCUCCCGCGCACACGGUGCCCGUCACACGUUGGCCCAACGCCAUCGACCAACUAGUCACCAAGAUCGACCAGGAGAUCGCUAGAAUCACUGCCCAAGGGAAUCUCGGAAACGUUCCUCGAAUAGUCGCGCCUGAGGAGACUCAAGAAAUGGAAGAGGAUAGUGAAGAACAAAGUGCAGUACCCUCAUCUAGUAUGCUGAGGCCGCCUUCGACUGCCGUCGUCAGCCCUCCUCCCAUGAGAAGACUAAAGACGCAUCAUUAAGUAAGAAAUGAAGCGCGUGAACAAAGUUAAUCUUUACAUGGUUGAGAGGAAAUGUAAUAAUGCAAAGUCAUUUGCGUUGCUUUGACUUUGAGGAGGCAAAGGGUCAGGUAAGAGAUAUGAAAUAAAAAUAAGAGUUGUGCGUAUAAGCCAAGAGAUUAUAAAGUAAAAUAAAUAUAAGCUCACGACUAUAUACCCAUUGGAGUAGCCAGAGGUACAGGACUAAGUGCCCGCGUUUCACCAAGCUUUAUAAAACCAAAACUGAUAGCUUGUGAACGGUAUCGUAAGAGAUUAUUUGACUGGACAAAAUAAUCCGACAAUAUUUAAUACUUCGUUUAAUAUUAAGCUCUCGAUAUGAUCUUGCCAAAUGCAACUAUUUAAUGUUAUUUUGUAAACAAUUUUACGAUAAGACAAUAAAUUAUUUUCUAAGUAA